AUGGCUUUCUUGGGGAAAUGGGCUUUUGUGAAAAAUGAGAAGAUGAGAGAGUUUGUAAUUGCUGCCGGAGCACCAGAAGAAAAUGUAAACAAAAUGAUUGAUGUAGAUAUAACAGUGGAGUGCACCAGAGAUGGCGACUAUUACCAGAUGUCUUUCAUCGGACCCAAGAAAACCGUCGUACAGAAGUUCAAGCCGGGCGAACAAUUCAAAGAGGAAAUCGGGCCUUUCGGAAAGCACCGACAAGCUAUCGCUACAUUCGAAGGUGGUAAUAAGCUGAUCAUCAAAGGAGUCAAUGAAGGCGAAGCUGUGGAAACAAGAGAGAUAAACGGUGACGAAAUGACCUUCACUUUCACCAAACCUGGAAUUGCAUUUGUUGCAAAGCGUUUCUUCAAAAGGGCUUGA